AGGUUCGGAGUCAUCGCUCGCCAUCCUCUAUUUAAAUCAGAGAAACCAACGCUAUUUUUCGCACCACAAUUGCUCAAAUUCUUCCCGUUCUACGCACAUUCUUCCUCUUUCUAGACAACGAAGAUGUCUUGUUACCGUGGAAAGUAUGCCGAUGAACUGAUCAAGAACGCCGCCUAUAUUGGAACCCCAGGCAAAGGCAUCCUCGCCGCCGACGAGUCGACUGGCACCAUCGGCAAACGUCUUUCCAGCAUUAACGUAGAAAACGUCGAGGAAAACCGCCGCGCACUCCGGGAGCUUCUCUUCUGCGCUCCAGGAGCCCUCCAAUACCUAAGCGGCGUCAUCCUCUUCGAAGAAACCCUUUACCAAAAAACCGCCGAUGGGAAGCCUUUUGUCGACGUCCUUACGGAAGGCGGCGUUCUCCCCGGCAUCAAGGUCGACAAAGGCACCAUCGAGCUAGCCGGCACCAACGGCGAGACGACUACUCAGGGCCAUGACGAUCUUGGCAAGCGCUGCGCCAAGUACUAUGAAGCAGGCGCCCGCUUCGCCAAAUGGCGAGCUGUUCUCAAUAUCGGACCCAAUGAGCCUUCCCAACUCGCCAUCGACGCUAACGCCAAUGGCCUCGCACGCUACGCCAUCAUCUGCCAGGAGAACGGUCUUGUACCCAUAGUUGAGCCAGAGAUCCUCGUAGAUGGCUCUCACGACGUGAACCGCUGCGCUGAGGUCACAGAGAGGGUCCUCGCUGCGUGUUACAAGGCACUCAAUGACCAUAAGGUUCUCCUCGAGGGGACGCUGCUCAAGCCCAACAUGGUGACUCCUGGCUCCGAUGCAGCUAAGGUCUCACCCGAGGUGGUGGCGGAACACACUGUGAGGACACUUCAGAGGACGGUGCCAGCGGCUGUACCUGCGAUCGUGUUUCUCUCCGGUGGGCAAAGCGAGGAGGAGGCGACUCUUAAUCUGAAUGCGAUGAAUCAACUGAGUGGAAAGAAGCCGUGGUCUCUGUCUUUCUCAUUUGGACGCGCGCUGCAGCAGAGCACGCUCAAGGCAUGGGCUGGAAAGGAGGAGAAUUUGGAGAAGGCGAGGGCGUCGUUCCUGGUUCGAUGCAAGGCGAACUCGGAAGCUACAUUGGGGAUUUACAAGGGUGGUGCUAGCCUUGGGGAGGGGGCAUCGGAGAGUCUUCAUGUGAAGGGCUACAAAUAUUGAGUUGCUGCCUUUCCUGCUUAACCUCCACUGUUGUUUGUUUUCGUUGUUGAUGGUGAUUUCGUCUGUGGUCAUUGUUGAAUUCAAAUUUUGCUACCUAUUUCAAGGUUAUGACUCUUAUGUUAACGGCAACUCUUUCUUUUGAGUAUUCUUAUUUCAUGUUUUGUUUUA